CCGUGAGAGGCCCUAGUUCUUUGGCGUCGAUUAAUAAUGGUGGAAUUGAAGGACUAUGAAGGGGCUGGAGUGGAAUUUCAAUAAUAGUACAAGCUAGACAUAUACUGUUUGAAGAAAGUGAUUAGCUGCAGUAAUAACAUGUAAUCAACACAGGAGCCUGUCAAUCGGGAUUAUUAUCACGACAUUGCUUUUGUUCUCCGCACUGAAUGCAGACUCACCCACCUCGCCUGCAAUUUUCUGUGUAGUUCAUGAUCCAGCAGGAGAAGCCGCAGCUGGCCGGCACCAUGCCCGUGGUCUGGCCCACCCUGCUGGACCUCGGCAGGGAUGAGUGUAAGAGGAUACUUCGCAAACUCGAGCUGGAGGCAUAUGCUGGGGUCAUCAGUGCCCUUCGAGCCCAAGGAGACCUCACAAAGGACAAGAAAGAUCUGCUAGGAGAACUCACUAAAGUCCUUAGCAUCUCAACUGAGCGCCAUCGCGCAGAGGUCCGCAGGGCGGUUAACGAUGAACGCUUGACCACCAUCGCGUAUCACAUGUCUGGGCCAAACAGCUCCUCAGAAUGGUCUAUCGAGGGGCGUAGGUUAGUCCCACUGAUGCCAAGGUUAGUCCCACAGACGGCGUUCACCGUAACUGCAAAUGCCGUGGCCAGUGCAACAGCCCAUCAGAACGCCUCCCUCCUGCUACCUGCUGAGACCGGCAAUAAGGAAGUGGUUGUUUGCUACUCCUACACAAGCACAACCUCCACGCCGACGAGUGCCACGGCCCCCAGCGGGAGCGUAGCGGCAGCCGCCGUCAAAUCUCCCCGGCCGGCUAGCCCCGCCUCCAACGUGGUUGUCUUGCCCAGUGGAAGCACAGUCUACGUCAAAAGCGUGAGCUGCUCCGACGAGGACGAGAAGCCGCGGAAGCGGCGGCGCACCAACUCCUCCAGCUCGUCUCCCGUGGUGCUGAAGGAGGUGCCCAAAGUGACUCCGCCCAUUUCCAAGACCAUCACCGUGCCCGUCAGCGGCAGCCCCAAGAUGAGCAACAUCAUGCAGAGCAUCGCCAACUCCCUGCCGCCCCACAUGUCCCCCGUGAAGAUCACCUUUACCAAGCCCACCACGCAGACCACCAACACCACUACGCAGAAGGUGAUUAUUGUGACAACUUCUCCGAGCUCCAACUUUGUGCCCAACAUCCUCUCCAAGUCGCACAACUAUGCGGCCAAGCUCGUGUCCACCUCCAUGCUGACUUCCUCCAGCCAGAAGCAGACUGUGGUCAUCCCGGCCAGCUCCACCCCCUCGUCUGCCCCCGCUACGGUCGCUGUGACCACAAUGGUCUCCUCCACGCCUUCGGUGGUCAUGUCCACCAUAGCACAGGGUGCCUCCUCUGCAGCAGUCAAAGUAGCAUCCGCCAGACUGCCCUCUCCGAAGACAAUGGUGGGCUCUCCGACCCAGAUUUUGGCUCAGUUCCCGAAGCAGCACCAGCAGGGUUCCCCUAUUACUUCCUCCCACAACACUGCCCAGACCUCCACUACCCCACCUGGCAGCAAGCCCACCAUCCAGAUCAAGCAGGAGUCAGGAGUGAAGAUCAUCACUCAGCAGAUGCAGCCCAGUAAAAUCCUCCCGAAGCCCUCCUCCGCCGCCCUGCCCAGCAGCAGCACCUCGCCCAUCAUGGUCGUCAGUAGCAACGGGGCCAUCAUGACCACGAAGCUGGUGUCCACGCCCACAGGUACUCAGGCCACCUACUCCAGACCCACCGUGAGCCCCACCAUCGGAGCCCGAAUGGCCGCCUCGCCGGGCGGCGCCACCUACGUCAAGACGACCAGCGGCAGCAUCAUCACCGUGGUCCCGAAGUCCCUGGCAACGCUCGGCGGCAAAAUCAUCAGCAGCAACAUCGUGUCCGGAACAACGACUAAGAUAACCACUAUCCCCAUGACGUCCAAGCCCAACGUGAUUGUGGUGCAGAAGACCACCGGGAAAGGGACCACCAUUCAGGGGCUGCCCGGGAAGAACGUCGUCACCACGUUGCUAAACGCAGGGGGGGAGAAGACUCUGCAGGCUGUGCCCGGAGCGAAGCCGGCCAUCAUCACGGCCUCUCGGCCAAUCACGAAGAUGAUAGUCACGCAGCCCAAGGGCAUGGGUUCCGGGGCACAGCCCACCACCACUACCAAGAUCAUUCCGACUAAGAUAGUGUACGGACAGCAGGGUAAAACCCAGGUUCUCAUCAAGCCCAAGCCGAUGGCUUUCCAGACCACGGUGGUGAGCGAGCAGACCAGGCAGCUGGUGAGCGAGACCCUGCAGCAGGUCUCCCGCGUUGCAGAGGUAGUCCCAGCCUCCACCCAGGAGGGGGCGCUGAAAGACGAUACACAGCCUUACACUGAGGGCAGCUCCCCUCCUGCAGAGUCCUCGCACAGCUCACAUGAUUCUCAGCCUGUAGUGCACGUUAUAACCUCUAGAGGGCAGGAGUGGACUGAGCACGAGGUGUCGGUGGAGGCCAGCCCGACGAUCAUUUACCAAGAUGUGUCGGGGGAGUCCCAGUCUGCUACCUCUACCAUCAAAGCCCUGCUGGAGCUGCAGCAGACAACAGUGAAAGAGAAGGCGGAGUCCAAGCCUAGACAGCACACCAUUGACCUGAGCCAGAUGGCGGUGCCCAUCCAGAUGGCACAAGAGAAGAAGCAGUCCCCGGAGUCCCCGAGCCUGGCAGCGCCGGAGCCCGACCCGGGCGCGGAGUACGCCGCCGCCGGUAAAUCCGGCAAGGCCGCCGGCGCCUUCCCUGGGGCGGCGAGCGGAGGGGCCGAGCCGGCCCCGUCCUCCGGCCAGCAGCACGGGGCCGCCUCCCAUGCCCCGGGCCCCGCCCCCGCCCCCGCCCCCGCGGCGCCCAAGCCCCCCGCCGCGCCGUCCCCCGCGGUCAUGGUCACUCGAGUCCUGCAGCAGGCUGCGGUCAGCCAGGUGCUGCAGAGCAAGCCGCCUGAGGAGCCGGCGGUGGAGGAGGGGGAGCUGGAGGGGGACACGCUGGACCCUCAGACGGGCCUGUUCUACCGCUCGUCCCAGCCGGCCGCCCCUCCCCCUCCCCCGCCCCCGCAGCAGCCGAAAGCGGCCCCCGCCCCGCCGGAGCAGGUCCGCCACGCGGCCCACUCCACCCAGCCGUCGCCGAGCAAGCCCGCGCCCGCGCCCGCACCCGCCCCCGCCCCGCCGCCCUCCUCCUCCUCCUCCUCCAAAAAGCCCCCCCCGGCGGAGCCGCAGUCGCCGCAGGUCCGACCGGUGGCCCAGCCGCAGCAGCCGCUGCCGCCGCCGCCGCCGCCGCAGCACCACGGGGCGCCCAAGGAGAAGCCCGCCCCCGGGGCGGGGCCCCAGGCCGUGGUGCAGGUGAUGGCCGUGAAGCCCCCGCACACCCCGCAGCUGCCCAAGCUGCAGCAGGCGCCCACCUCCCACAACCGGCCCUUCCACACCCAGCUGUCCCAGCCCCCGCCCCUGCAAGCCCACCACCCCGUGGGCUCCGACAAGCCUCCUCUCAGCCAGGUGCAGCAGCCCAUAAUCACCCAAGGCGCCACCGUGACCAAGAUCACCUUCGGGAGUCACCAGUCGCCCCCGGUGUCCAGCAGCGGGGAGGCGGUGGCCAAGCUGCUGCCCGAGUCCAGCACGGGGCCCGGGCAGUCCACGGAGAAGUCCUCGGUGUCGGACAUCCUGAAGAUCUCCAUGAUGGAGGCGGAGAUCGACCCCGGGGCCGAGCCCAUGGUGGUGGACUCCUCCAGCGACUGCAGCCCCUUCAGCAAGGGCGUGGCCGGCUCUCCGGGCCUGGCGUCCGCCCAGCUGAUCAGCAGCUCCGGCUCCGCCCUCCACCACCCCGGCCACGCCCACGCCCACGCCAAGCCGCACGGCCAGUUCGCCCGCAUCCAGGGCCUGGCGGCCCAGAAGGGCAAAGACGUGGACAUCAUACAGGUUAUCCCGCAGUACUCAAUCAUGCCGGACUCCAGCCAAUCAAACGUGGUGGUGGAGCCCAGCGGCUUCCUGGAGAUAACCGACUACACCAGCCAGCGGCUGGAUGAGGAGAGCGUGAUGGAGCAGGAAGUGGACAGCAGCAAUGACGAAGGGGCGGCCGUCAGCCCCAUGGAGGGCUGCGCUGACCAAUCGCAGUGACCCAUCGUCCGCUGGGGGCGGAGCUAACUGAGAGGCAGCAGCUGCCUUGAGAGAGUGUUGCUGUAUAAUAAUGUACGAAAGGUCUUUGUUUGUUCGUUUGUGCGCGUCUUUUAAAUGUCAUUUAACCGAAACGUCUGUUAUGAAGAUGUCUGAGUAAGACCUCAGAUGAAGUUUGAUGGUCCCGUCGAUGCCUGCAUUUCAAAGGAAGAAGCAGAAAUAAGCUGAAAUAUUUAAAAGAAAUGGAAAAGGCCUAAAAGGGAAGCUAAAUGAACAGAGACCAAAGCGAACUCUUAAUGAGGAGUGACCUUGCUGCCUAAUGAAAUGAAAGGCGUCCGUUAAACAGAAGAAAGACAAAAGAAAUUAAAGAAAAGCUUUGUAAACAUCAGAUUAAUUUUGUGUCCGUUAUGCAUUUUGGGAGAAAACUGCAGUGUUCCAGAGAAAGAAAGAUUGCAGUGGCUUUUCAUUUUUUUGUAAAAUUUUUGUAAUAAGGUAAUAUCCAAACUGUAAAAAGAACUUAAACCGUGAUAUUGGGUGGAAACGUUUGAUCUGAAAAAAACUUCUGCUUAAGUCAAGUAUAGGAUAUCAAGGAAUUUUUGAUGAUGGGUAUAUUGACACAUGAUCUAUGUCUGUGUGAAUUACUGGAUAUAUUUGGUAAAAUGACCAUGCUGGCAAAAUUGAUUUUGCUGCAUAUUACAUGAAGUUUGUGGCAUAUCCUGUGUAGAAUUUUGCUGAUAGACUUGCAUCUUUACAGCAUCAGCUUCCUGAGUAACAUAGAGGUCAAGGGUGCAGGAAACUGAAAGUAAAUCACUUGCCCAUGUUCUGAUGACAUAACUGAAAUCUCAUCCUCGCGGGUCAUCCUGGUCUUAAAACAUUUAGUGCCGUAGAAAAAGAAUCUGAGCAGAAGUGCAGGUAGUUAAUUAAUCCUUCAAGCUUUCGCACUUUGAAAAAAUAAGGAAACUCAAAACUGAGUACUUUUUUUUGUAACUUGCAAAAACAAGAAAGAACUUUAUUCAGUACAGUUUUGUGUUCACUCUUGGUGUAAUGUUUAGAAUUUCUUAAAUGUAUAAACUUUUCUAUGGAA